UUAAUUAAAAUGGGGCUUUCGCAGGUGGGUGUCCAAAUUCUUCUUAUCUUAUCGCGCUGUAUCGUCAUUGUUCCUCCAUACCAAUUACCAAUUGCUUCAACCCCCGUCGCAUGUCUUGUCAUUCCACUCCGAUCCGCAAUACGGCCUCCUCCACAUUGGCACUGUGAUAGGCUGGAACUCAACGUCGGCGCGACUAACCGGCAGACGCAAGCUCAGCGCAUAGCCUUUUAUUCUCUUUAUUUCUCGUUUAUCGUCGGAGGGCUGGAAGGGUUUCCAAACACAUUGCGAUACUUGUUGUUUGCCGGCGUCUUCAAAGAGUUGGAGUCCUCUUGCUCGUCGCUGCUGCGGGUCAAGGUGACGGACAACCGACUUCGGCGGCUUCUGGACAGGCGCAGCGAACACGAGGAGCGCUUCAGUCACAGCAACAGGAAACGGACGGAGGAGAAAUCCCUGCGCGGAAGAUGGAGGUGAGAUUUUGACUUUUGCUUCUGUUUUCUUUUCUUUUCUUUCUUUCUUUCUUUCUUAG